GGUGAUGGUGGUGAUGGUAGAGAUUACAUACCCUAUUUCCAGCCACCAAUAUUACAGCCUAUACGUAUGGUUAGACCUAAUCAUAAUGAUUUAGGAGACCCAUAUUUAGUCGACCCAAUGGACAGUCGUCUACUAUCUGAUAGUUAUCAUAGGCAUUAUCAUCAGCUAGCAUCACGAUCAUCAUCAUCAUCAUCAGCACCGGUAGUAGACUAUGAUGAUGAUGCCAAUGCCAGUAGUGGUGGUGGUGGUGGUGGUAGAGAUUAUAUACCCUAUUCCCAGCCACGUAUGGUUAGACCCAAUCAUAAUUAUCUGGGAGGACGACACCAUCCUUAUUUAGACGACCCAAUGGACAGUCGUCUACUACCUGAUAGUUAUCAUCAUAGUCGUCGACAGCUACGAGCAUCACCAUCAUCAGCAGCAGCAGCACCGGUAAUAGUAGACGAUGACGAUGCCAGUAGUGGUGGUCGUCCAGGUCUAGUCAAUUAUGGACAGAAAUUUAUGACAAGCAAAUCUAAACCGUGGCGUAAUGAUAAUCCACAAGUGGCGGCACUGAAUAGAUAUGCCGAACAGGCAGUAGUCUCGGGUUUUCGGAUAACUGAGCCCAAACCCGAACAACGUACGGUCCAGGAGUUUCCAGCAAUGGACGAAAUCAAUCCGGAUAGGUGUGGCCAAUUGGAUGGCCGUCCGAUUGGUGUUAGGGUUGUCAAUGGUAAGGAUGCCAAUGAAGGUUCCUAUCCUUGGAUGGUCGCCAUAUUGAAAAACGGUGAUUCCUGGUGUGGCGGCAGUAUUAUCAAUAGUCGAUGGAUACUGACGGCUGCCCAUUGUUUUAUGAAUGAUCAAGAUCCAAAAUUGUAUGCAAUUAGGGUUGGCACAGUCAAUCGAAACCGGGGUAGAGCCUAUCGUGUCGACUAUCUGGUAAUGCAUGAACGAUUUCACCUGGAUAAUAUGUACAAUUCCGAUAUAGCUAUGUUGCACGUGCGCCAGGAUAUCGAAAUGGGCGAAAAUGUUAACUCGAUUUGUCUGCCCACCCGUCAAUACGAAGAUCCAUUGGCCAGUCGAUUGUUGGUAACCGGUUGGGGACAGACACAGUUUGACAAUCAUGACUUGCCAACCAACCUACAGGAAGUCCUGCUGACCAGGAUCAGUAUAUUCAAGUGUGCCGAUAUGUAUAAGGGAAAAGAUAAUAAAAUCUAUUUCUCGCAAUUGUGUACAUUGAAUAAAAAUCAGGAUGCAUGUCAGGGUGACUCGGGUGGGCCGGCACUUGAAUAUCGUAAUAAGGCAGCAUAUUUAGUUGGCAUAGUAUCCUAUGGAUCUACAUGUGCUGAUGGUAUGCCCGGUGUGUUUACAAAAGUUUCCUAUUAUAUCGAUUGGAUAUUAACACAAUUAGACAAUUAUAAAAAUAAAAAACAAUAA